AUGGCGGCGCCUCAGAGCCCCAAUCUCAUGUCAUUCGACGAGGAACCCGAGCUUAUCGUACCCCACCCGUCAGCAUCUGCAUCUUCAUCCGCAAGUUAUCAGUCAUCCGAUGCCGAUGCAACCGCUCAGACUAUGCCGUCAUCUAUCGUGGAAAUUUCGUUAAAUGAUCCCGAGGAAGACCGCAAGGUUCUUCACUUCUUCGUCUCUUGUCGCGAUGUAGACGGCAAUUCUCUCGUGUCUCCUGCUCGAUCAGCACAGACAUUAGUGCGUGGUGCUUUCAACAUGUUGAGCAGUGCCACAGCCAUGAGCAACACCAGAUCACCACGCGCCAGGCCUCCUACCGAAGUAAAUAUCGAGGUUAAAGUCACGAAAGAGACGCCGAUCUUCGGUUUUGGUGCAGACAUUCCCGUGCAUGAUACCGCCAUACCUCCUUUGACCACCGCCAAUGGCUGUUUAGUUGAUAUCGACAAUCACCGGGAUUCUAGACCAGCGUCGCCGUAUGAAGCGACAUUAACCGCUGACGGACUGCUAGACAGUGAGAAUUACUGGAGUGAACGAUGCAAAAGUCGUAAUCCUCGAUUCUCCGUGGGUUUUAGUAUUCGUUGCAAAGAGCCCACAGAGUACGACCGCCAUGUGCAGAUAAUAGUCAUGAUUCCGGACGAAGGUACAUCAACGAACAAGAAUAGCCACGUUUUUGGGUACGCAUCGACGUCGUUUCAAGAAAUGUACACAGUUGCUACAACUGGAAAUUACAGGCAAAAGAUGACGUUACCGGUUCAUUCGACGGUACAAGAAGGAGUGACAGUGGAGCUGCAGUUUGCAGACCUUCAGCCUCAGCUCCAUCCGCUUUUUGAUACACAACAUAAUUUGUUUAAGAGUUUUUUGUUCUACCCAUUGAUGAAAGAAGAAAAUGCAGAGAUGCAAGCCGCAAACGCAAAGUUGGCGAUUGAAGAGGCAGCAGAAGUGGACUUCAGCGUAAAAAUUCCAUUGCAGUUACUUCGAUCGUGCCAGAGUGAAUUACUGCAGAUGUACGAUGAGUGGAAGAUACGUUACAACUACAACCGCAAAAAGAACUGCUAUUUUGAUAACGAUGCGGAAGCACUAUCCUUUGGACACGACGUGUUCCGCGUACAGGUCGUUUGCGGUCGUAAUCUGAAGACGAAGUCGAGUGCUAUCGCUGCUGCAAGCGGGGACAGCGAACCGACCACUGACAUGGAUUUCCGAUCGUCCCGCACAUCAGGUUUUUCAAUGGGGAGUGUUGUGGGUGGCCGAGGAGGUUUGGUCAAUCGAAUUAAAGCUGCAAAGUGGGGAAACGUAGCAUCGUCUUCAUUUAGCAGCAAUGACAGCGAUGCAGUGGAAGCCGGAGGUGAGGCUAACAAUGGUGUGCAUUCAUUUGUAGUUGUCCACUUUGAGGAAGGUGUGGUCGGAAAUCACGAAUUUACCGUUGGAAAAACUAACACGGAGUAUGACUCGACGAGUCCGGUUUGGUCAACUAACAAGAACGCCACUACUAAAUGUCCUCACGGGAAGCCGAACGUUAAGUAUCAGACGUCACAAGUGCUUAAAAGCCGUGUAGUUGUGUCUCCAGUGAACGCAUUGAAGCAGUUUUUAUUUUAUAGACCAAGUCUGCCUGAUCAACCACUCGCUGGUUGGCUGCGCUUUCAAGUAUUUAAUGAGCACUACGGCUACAUGAGUGGCUUUGAAAACGAAUUGAUUGGAGAAGUGAUGAUUCCGCUGCAAAGUGUACGCGAUGCCAUGACAGUAGAGGAAAAGAAAGUAUUUGAUGACGAUGAUGGCGCGGAAUGUGGAAGAGAAGAUCAUUAUCAUUCGAGGCCACACCAAAUUGUGACUUCAUUCACACUUGUUGAUUGGUUUGAUGUGCGGUCGCCAUUGACAGAUGAGGUUUCGGGGCAGAUCCAACUUCGCAUCAAUAUUUUGCUUGCGAAUCCUCUUGCGCCGGUGAACGAUAGUAUUGUAACCGGUACUCAGUUAGAGUCCUCUCGUUACGUUUCAAGACGAUACAGGCGGAUUGAAGACUGUGCGCCUCCUUCGACUGAUGGAUUAUAUGAAGAUAAAAUUCCAUUAAGUUUUUUGUAUCCUCAUGUAUUACACAUUCGCAAGCAGAUUUCCGAAGUUGCAGAUAUGAUUCGAGUGACAGAACAUUUAGUCGAGGCGAAAAAUACGUUUAAGUCAAGUUUGGACAAGAGGCGCGCAGACAUUCAGGGAAUUCCGACCAACUUGCAUGUAUCUUAUUUUCGUAUUUUUAGGCGUUUUGGGUCGGAUGCGAAUGGGGUCGAUGAGCAUAUUGCAUCAGGAAGAGCUAAUGCCAAAGUUGUUGAACCCAAUCCACCCUUUGCCUUCUCGAUUCAUGAGCGCUUGAUGCCAGAGACUCAUGCGACAGUGACUUGCGGCGCUCCAACUGCACAUGCGAUGGGCCUCGGUAACUACGGAUUACGAGAGAUGGAGCUUGAAAUGCAUAAUUUUCAAACUGUUUUGGAAAAAAUCAAUCCCCAAUCCUCAGAUAGCCCGCAUCGCGAUAAGGAAAUUUUGCUUUCUGAAGAUUCUUCAGACUUUUUUUACCCGCCUGUGGACGAUGAAAAUGAGGCUGAAGUCGAGGAUGACGGCUUUUCUUCUGAUACACCUGUCUCUGGUGGCCAGUCCAAUCUGGCUAUUGAUGCUCCUGCUACCCCAGUCGAGCCUUUGCUAAAGCGCAAGCCCUCAAAGUACUCAAUCAUGGCCCGAAAGGCUGCAGCAGCUCGAGUGAAGGCACUGCCGAAAAGUCCAUUUGUUAAAAAGAAGAGUCUCCGACAGCUUGACCAAAAGAAUAGUGACGAGAAGGCUGCAAGCUACGCCAAAUAUCCUUCUCUACGCGUUGACUUAGAAGAAGUGAAUACAACAAUGCCUAUUGAUAACGCAGUUCAGUUAUUGUGCCGUCUGGAAAUGCUUCGCUCGGAAUAUUAUUUGCGAAAGAGCGUCGCGGUGUCCCAGUCGGUGAGUAGCCUUGUUGCUUGCUUUAUGGCAGAGCUCGACUUGUGCCUCCAAGAACGAAACGAAAAGGUACUGGACCAGCUGGCCAAAGUCGGCUUUUUGGUCGGAUGGGAGAGUCUCAUAUCGUCGCAUGGUAAGGAGUUACACAUGAUCUCCGACGCUUGGGUCGCAAUUAAGUGUUUAGAGACAUUUUCGCUGAAGCUCUGCGAAGGUACAGCAGAUAUGGAGGUGGUCGUUGAAAAGAAAAAGGUAGCGGGUUACAUCAUUCUGAUUCCCAUCCCUGCGACAUACUUUGCAUUACUGCCCGAGAGCUUAAGACAGGGAGAUUUGAUCAGCGUCACGUCCGUGCUGUUUACUCAAGGUAUCAACGAAAUGCAGAGUUUAGCUAACAUGGUCGGCCACUCAGGUGUUUCAAUCCAAAGAAAGAUUAACAGCACAAGUUUUCGUACUAUUUUGGAGUAUUAUAAUCGUUUCACUGAGAUUUGCGGAAUCGGUAUGUCAGAAAUUAAUGUGGGGUCUCAUCCCGAUGAAAUCUUGCGCAACCUACGUGUGAGUGUCGAGAGUGAGAAUUCGGCAUCUAAGAACACGUGUAUUUUGCUACAUGCUGCUGAUGCAGUACGCAGUCUUAAUGGCGGUCGAGUUACGUACUGCAAGUCGGGCAAAGAUCGAACCGCCAUGAGCACUACUUUAGAACAGGCUCGGCUUCUCGUUCAACGGAAACGGCACGUACUUCAAGAGAUCGAAACGGGAUGUGCUAAUGAAAAUGGACCAUUGGAAGAGGUGAAAGUUGUCGCUAACAUAAUGAGAGAAUUUGGUGUUCGCAUCCACGUCGCUAAGAAGAAUGUUGGCCGUUUUAAGUAUUCUUUUAACUCAUUGCAAAGGAAGUUGCUUCCUGAAAUCUAUCGACCACCACUCUCAACAAUUCAAGACAUGGUCACGUCAGUCACGGCACGAGAUUCAUAG